UGACAAUUCGGAUUUAAUGUUAACAUAUUAUUGUUUCGUAAAUGAUAUGUUAAUUAUAUUGUACUGCCGCAUGUUAGUUUACUGAAGGUUUCCGUUGUGAGUGCCCGGAUUUGGAUUCGAAUUUGGUACAAGAUGACGUUCCUUGAAGAUCGCGAUUUUCGUGAUGUGCCCGCAAUCAAGGAAUAUUAUAAAGGGAAAACCAUAUUUAUUACUGGUGGCACUGGUUUUAUGGGAAAAGUUUUGAUCGAGAAGCUUCUAUAUUCUUGUACUGAAUUGGAUAGAAUAUAUCUGCUGCUUCGAAAAAAGAAAGGUGUGAACCCUGAUGAAAGAUUAAAAGUUUUAUACGAGAGCCUAUGCUUUACUCGUCUCAAGAAGGAGAGACCAGGAGUUUUUGAGUCGAAAGUAUUUUUCAUUGGCGGUGACGUAAGCGAAAUAGGAUUAGGUAUUUCAGAAGAAGAUAGAUCUUUGCUUAUCAAUCGUGUGAAUAUUGUCUUCCAUGUUGCCGCUAGUGUAAGAUUUGACGAUAAACUAGAUUCCUCCGCUAAAAUGAAUCUAAGGGGCACCAGAGAAAUGGUUCAAAUGGCUGAGGAAAUGAGCAAUCUUGAGUCUUUCGUCCACGUAUCGACAGGGUAUGCCAACACGAACCGGGAAACGAUCGAGGAAGUAGUUUACCCACCGUUGGCCGACUGGAGAGAUACCUUACUAGUUUGUGAGACAACAGACACCAAUGUCUUGGCGGCACUAACAAAUAAGUACAUAGGAGAUAUGCCAAACACAUAUGUCUUCACAAAGCAACUCGCCGAGCAUGUCGUCUAUGAAAAGAAAGGAAAACUUCCUGCAACUAUUAUUCGCCCUACAAUUGUUUCACCAAGUUGGAGAGAGCCGUUUGAAGGCUGGAUUGAAAACUUCAAUGGACCUGUUGGUUUGUUGACCGCAAUUGGAUUGGGCGUCCUUCGAACAGCCUAUUCGAGUAAUAACAUGCAAGAUUACGUGCCCGUCGAUACUGCUAUCAGAAUGUUUAUUGUAGUUGGAUGGGUAAGGGGAACAAAGAAGCUAGAAGCAACAGACGACAUACCUGUUUACAAUUGUUGCUCAGGAAGUCUUCAAAAUAUUUCAUUAGAGUAUCUAAGAAAAAUGAGUAUGGAUAUUAUAGAGAAAUACCCGUUUGACAAAUCAUUGUGGGUGGUACGAGGAUUUUAUACCGACUCGGAGUUUAUAUACAAUCUUAGUGUUUUCUUUGAACACCUUUUACCAGCUCUUGCAUUGGAUGGCGUUUUAAAGCUUUUGAGGAAGAAACCUAUGAUGCUAACGAUGACUCGGCGCAUUUUUAUCGCACAAUCCGCACUUCAGUACUACACCUUAAACAAAUGGACGUUUGUCGACAAUAACCAUCUUGAACUGCGUUCCGUUAUCAAAGAUUGUGACGUAGAAGAUUUCUUCUAUGGUUUCGAUCUGAUCAAACUAUAUGAGUAUUUGGAAGACAAUAUUCUGGGUGUAAAGAAGUUUCUGUUUAAAGAAAAAUUGGAAGACUUGCCGAAAGCUAAAGCGCGAAGAAUGAGAUUGGUGGUACUAAAUAAAAUUUUGACUUCAAUAUUCUACACGACAUCAGCGUGGUGGAUUUACAACACGGAUUUGGUCCAGAAUAUCAUACAGUCAAUUCAUUAACCUGACUUAUUGUUUAAAUAACGUGGCGCCCAACUGACCAGCAGCCUGGCGUCGGGGCCGAGGACAACUUUUUAAAAGUAGCUACAGUUGGCAAAACUGUUGGGGUUUCGAAUUAUAAAUUGACACAUUUAUUUUGUUACGUUUUCUCGUUCCCUUUUGUUAUUGUAAAUAAACAGAAAAUAAUUCUACUGUGUGUAAUUUUAUUUUGUGAAAUUAAAGAAUAAAAGUAAUAUUUAUCA